UCUGCUUCAACGAACCGACUUUCCAGGAAAAUUGAAAAAAUAACCCUUCCCAAAACAAACCUCAUCGGAGGUUUGGCCUAUUACUCCCUCUGCGAUCCAGGUCCUCAUCUCUCCUCCAACCUGGUCUCAUUGAGCGUUUUCGGUUGAUCAGGAACAGGACCAGACCGGACUACGGGUUACCUAACCCAGUCCUUUUCAUGAAAAGGACCAGACUCCGGGUUAGGUUAAAGUCCAGUCCUGUCCAGUCUUUUGUGCAGCCCUACUUUAAAGUAUGAUGUGCUGUGGAGGCACGGAGGAAGAGAUCGUUGGCCCACCUUCAAACCAAUCCGCUGCACCACCUGGAGGGGUCAAUGCAUAUGGUGGCGGAGGAGGAGGGGGGACACAGCCAAAGAGCAAUGUUGUCAAGUCAGGCGGUCCACAGAAAGAUUUAUCGAUUGAGGCGCCAGCUAUUUCGCUGGAGGAGUUAAAUAGCAUCACUGGCAACUUUGGUUCCGAUGCUUUGAUUGGAGAAGGUUCCUAUGGCCGGGUUUACUACGCCAAGUUGAGAAAUGGCCAGGAUGCAGCCAUAAAAAAGCUGGAUAACAAUUCUUCUCCAGAAUCUGACUCUGAUUUUACAGCACAGUUAUCUAUAGUUUCAAGACUACAGCACGACCAUUUUUUGGAGUUGAUGGGAUACUGUCUCGAAGAUCCCAACAGAAUUUUGGUUUAUCAAUAUGCAAGCAGGGGCUCUCUGCAUGACGUUUUACAUGGAAGGAAAGGAGUACAAGGGGCCGAACCUGGUCCAACACUAAGCUGGAACCAGAGAGUAAAAAUUGCAUUUGGCGCAGCAAAAGGCCUCGAGUUUCUUCAUGAGAAGUGUCAACCGUCCAUAGUUCAUCGUGACGUGAGAUCUAGCAAUGUCUUGUUGUUUGAUGACUUCGACUCCAAGAUUGCCGAUUUCAACUUGACAAACCAGAGUUCUGACACAGCAGCUCGGCUUCAUUCAACUAGAGUCUUGGGAACUUUUGGCUAUCAUGCUCCAGAGUAUGCCAUGACUGGACAGAUUACCCAGAAAAGCGAUGUCUAUAGUUUUGGAGUGGUGCUCUUGGAACUCUUGACAGGAAGAAAGCCAGUGGACCAUACAAUGCCCAAGGGACAACAAAGUCUUGUAACGUGGGCAACUCCAAGGCUGAGUGAAGACAAAGUGAAACAAUGUGUGGAUCAGAAGCUAAACAAUGAGUACCCGCCUAAGGCUGUUGCUAAGUUAGCGGCGGUUGCAGCGCUUUGUGUUCAAUAUGAAGCUGACUUCCGGCCAAACAUGACGAUAGUGGUCAAAGCUCUGCAGCCACUUCUCAAUUCAAAGCCGGCUGGCCCUGAAUCUGGCGCUUGACGUUCUCAUCGUCAAAAGUAUCAGUGUGAUCAAAUUUUGUGCAACCUGUAACUUAAUAACCUCAGUUUUAAUCAUAGCUCUUUCAUUGUUCUAGAUGGUAUUAUUCAUGAUUCUCCCCUUGACUUCCACUUCAUUAUGGUUUUCAAUGACUAAAUAGUGAA